UAAACGGUUUCUAACGCUAAGUGGUGCUAAGACCUGAUAUUUAUACAGUAAAAUUUGCUCACUUUUUAUUUUAUCUUCUUCUGUAUUCGUUGUUUUUCUUUUUUGUUCUGUUUGCUUUAUUACAAAUUUGCAAAACUGAAGCAAUGGGCAUCAAAACAGCGACAAAUGCGACAAUAAGAUUGAAAAGAAGACACACGCAGAAAAAAAAAGAAUGUGCAAAAAAAAGCAAACGACAAAAAAGAAUACGAACGAAAGAAAAAAAAAGAAAAAAUAAUUAUCAUUUUGUAGAGCUAGAGCAGCAACAAUGAAAAAAAAACGUAAAAUAAAUUACCACGGUGUGCAUGUGUCAGUCUGCGAAUCUGGUCGACAGUUUUUUUUCCUACUCUCAUUCGUUAUGAUGUUCUUCAGAAUAAAAAAAGAACAAACACUGAGUGGCAAAAGCAUUAGUUUUAUGCAAAUUGAAUUGAAGCGAAGACAAAAAGGAGGAUAAAGAAAUAUUAAGAAAAGUACGGAUAUUGUUUAAAUAUAGAAUAUAGAGGAAAGAAUGCGUUGUAUACGGCAUAUUAUAUACUUAUUUCUCAUGUCUCGAGAGACAAAUUUAGUUGAACGAUUUCAGUUUUAUUUAACGAUAUAGAGAGGCUACACAUCACAUAAAACGACGAAAACAAAUGCGGAAUACGAUGGGCAAGUAGCAUAUUUACAUGAGAAAAGCGGUAGAGCCUCGACACAUACACACACACACAGAGAGAGAGAGAGAGAGAGAGAGAGAGAGAGAGAGAGAGAGAGAGAGAGAGAGAGAGAGGCAGUGACAGAAAAAAUAUAUAUAUGCAAGGAGGACAGUGCGAAAAGAGCGAGCGCGAACGAGUAAAAAUCAAAAGGCAAACGACACCGUACGUUAAUACACAUUUUAUAUGAAAUAGAAAGGAAUAACAACGAUGAUGGCGAAAAUUAAUAAUUACAUAUUUCUCCGUGGAGUGUGUUUUCGAAGCAAUAGAAAAGAGAGAUUCGUACCGUCAUACACGUUGAUUGAAAGAGAGUGCGAGCGAGAAAAUGGAAUAGAUGACGACGAGUAUCGCACGAUAUUAUUAUGAUGCUGUAAUGAUGUUCUGAUGUUCAAUCUACCGUGAGCGAUGUCCACGGCAACGGCUUGCACAUACCAGUUAGCCAGCACAAUCUCUCUCGAUUUAAUUCACCGAGUGUUUCUUGCAUUGGCGAAUAAUUUGUAUGUGAGCCGAGUAUAAUGUGUUCUCUAUUAAACAAUGCUUCUGUUCGCGAGCGCACGCAUAAUGUAAUGAUCAUGUUUUCCGCGCUCGUUUAUUCGAAUGGUUAUAUUCAGGUUCAGUUGCUUCAAUAUGCGUUUGUUGUUUCACCUUUUUUUUUCGGUCGGUCGGUUGUUCGUUCAUUUGUUCGUUCGCUGAUUGCCACUUCUAUUGCACCGAUCGUUUACAAUCGAGCUUGAGAUUUUUGCUCGGAUUUCACACAUCACAUUAUCCUAUUUAUUAGCAUUCUUUCGACAAACUAUAGCCAAAAACGAUUUGGUCAGUGGCAGAUACUCGAUUUCCUUUUCUGUCUCACACACACAGAGAGAGACACACUCUUGUGUGUGCAGGCAGUGAACGACUCCUAACAACGGCUACGGUUAGGAAUGCCAUUAAUAAGCCAGAAAUGUGUUAAUAAACCCAUAUUCCAGCAAAUUUUCAGCAAAUGAUUCAUUCAUAUUUUCCACACAGAGAGAUUUAGAAAGAGAGAGAGAGGGGGACAGAGAGGGACAGAGAGGUAGGCAGAGAGAAAGAGUAGCACAGUGUCGGGGUUAUGUUCGCAAUGACGAUGGUUUUGUGCGGCUGAAGAAAUCUAGUCUCUGGUCAGUAGUUAGCAGUGUUUCAUUUUACAUCUCAUCUAGUUUCAUUUAUUUAUAAUUAUGUGUAUAUUUUCUUGAUGGCACCGAAACAAAACCAUAUUCACGCGUACUCUCACUUCGGUGUGUGUGUGUGUGUGUGUGUGUGUGCGUGUGAGAGAGCGAGAAUCAUAUACACACAGGUUGUCCUUUCAUUUUUCGGCUGUGUCGUGCGAUGAACGUAAAAAUAAUUCAAAUAUCACAAACAUCAUUAUGCGUUCGUUCAGUUACGUGCUGAUGUGAUCUCGGUCUAAACGCGGCGACACUGUGUGCUUUUUAAUGUCCAUUUUUCAUGAUUCGAUGUCGUUCAUUCGUUGGUGUUGCCUUUUUCACACUCUUUCGCUCUGGCUUGAGUUUUUUUUUGCUCGUCGGUGCUGACACUCUUUAACACAUUUCAAUUCGAGCAUUUUCUAGUUGUGCGUUUUUUUUGCCCUCAUCUUCUCUAUGUACACAUAUAUAUUUCUCGGGGACUUUUUUUCUGGCGAUCACUUUGCUUGUUCUCGCAUCAAAUGGAUGGUGCGAAAAGAAUAUAGCUCGCGCCACACAGCCACACACACACACACACACACACACACUGACUCACACAAAUAUGUUCCAAAUUUUCUAUGGACUAUCGAGGUUCGGUCAUGUGCGAUGUUUGGCGUCCAUUUAGCGAUUUAACAACUACAUUUUUGUGGCUUUAUCCCUCGGCAAUUCAAAUUCAGCAUCGAAUGAAAGACGAAAUGUGCAUAUUUGCUCGUAAUGCCAAUGCCAACGAUUGCUGACUACGAGCUUCGAAUAAAUUUAUUCCAUAAUUCCGUUUCCAUAAUUUUUGCUCUCGUUUGCAUUUGGCCGCCCUUUUUCCUCUUCGUUUUUCCUACUCUCUCCCUCUCACUCUUUCCACCGCUUCACUUCUUUUUCUCGCUAUCUCUAUCGCUUUCACUCAUACACACAAAAUCCAUACACAAUCGUUGCUGUUAACGGCGACUUUCGACAACUUUCUUUUAUGCCCUUUUGUCACCCUUCUCUCAUUCGCAACGCAACACCAUGCCGAAAAUGACGAACGUCGGCAUUAGACAUUCUAUUGAGUAAAUUGUCGUUGGAAGCGAUUUCAAGAAUUUCAGGUUGUAUUUAUUCAGCAUAUCAAUGAAGAUUCGAUGCACAAAAUUCCGUGUGCGGCUCGGCUCGAUGGCAUGAAAGAAUACACCGACAAAAAAAUGUCGGUUUUGUUUUUCUCUCUACUCGUUUUCUUUUUUGGCACAAUAAUUAUGAUUGUUUUGAAUUUUGUACGGAACUUUUUUUCGGUGGUCGGCGCUCCUUUGCAUUUGUAUAGUGGUUGUUCUAUUAUUAUUGUGAUUUGUUGUUGCUGCUGCUGUUGCAGCGAAUGAAAGAGCGAAAAAACCGAAAACAAAAAUGCGAAGAACGACUAAAUUCCGUUAAAAGAGUACGAAACAAAGGGCAGGUCAUGAAAAGCAAAAAAAAGGAGAACGAAAUCGAGAAAAACCUAAUUGAAAGUGAAAUUAAAUUAUGUGCCUUUCUGAAAUAUUUCUAUAUCAAUAUAUCGCAGAAUGUAAUAUCCUACGUGGCGCGCCUGAAAAUUUCGCAUUGCCAAAGUGAGAAGGAGAUGAAGAGAGAGAGAGAGAGAGAGAGAGGACAACAGGAAGAGAUAGAGCGAAAGCAACGAAGAUGAAGAAAAAAUGUAAUAGAAGAAUGAAAGCUUUCAUUAUGUUAGGGAGCAAAAACUCUAUGUACUUCAACUUUAUUUCGUCAUUAUUAUUACUUUGUGCGCUGCUUAUCAAGAGAAAAACCUCUACAAUAUAGAUAACGAACUUAUGUUCGUUUAAACUGAAACAAACAGCCGCACAUCAUCUCCGGCAUUAUUUCGAUGGUGGCUGACUGGAUGUGUGCGUGCGUGCGUGUGUGUGUAUGUGUCCCUGUGCGAGCGUGUUCAAGUGUGUGUGUUUGUUCAAAAAUUUAAAAGCUGAAACCAAAAACCAGGCCAUCACACAGCAAGCAAUCUAAUGAAUAGCAUUAUAAAAUGAAGAAAAGAAACAAUCUCGGCGAAAUGGCGAGAAAGUAUUUUCAUUGAUAUUUUCCUCAGAGCACAAUGUGUCUCUCGUACUGUCUCUCUAUAAAACACGCUAAGUAAUUGCAUUAUGGUUUUUACUGUUGACGAUAUAAUAUUAAAAGUCGAAUAUGUGCGCUUUUUUAUGCUGUCUAGCAAUAUAGCGAGCACUAGAGAGAUAGAGAGAGCACAAAGCAAAUACACAGUCUUUCUCUUUCUCUCUCUCUCUCUCUCUCUCUCUUUCUCUCUCUCUCUCUCACUCAUUCAGCACACAUCGAAACGGAUCGUGGCCAAUUUCUGCCAAAAGACAAUCGGUCGGAAAAGGCAUCAAAACCGUAAACAAAUUUCGAAUCAUUGCCAUUCAAUAUAAUACGCACACAUACACUCGGCGAGCGUGUGAGAGGCUGACAAAAUAGAGACAAGAACAAGAGAGAGCAUUGCUCCAUUGACAUUCGGAGGCCCCGACAGCCCUGCUUAAUAAUCAAGUGAAAUUCCUGAGGACGAGUCAUUCGGCUCUUCGUUUCUCUCUGUCUCUGAUCGCUUACUGUAGCAAAUAUUGUGUUUUAACGAUUCGCAUUUCGAACGCCGCUGAUUCAUUUCUCUCUCUCUCUCUCUCUCUCUCUCUCUCUCUCUCUCUCUCUCUCGGUUGUCUUGUUGUUGCGUGAAGUAUCAAGGCCGACGGAAAAACUCAAUAUUCAUUCCAAAUAUCCAUUAAACCUUUUCGUUUGGCGCGCACUCUUAACUAUGUUUAUUCUAUCACUUCGACGAUUUAAAUCGAAGUGGUUUUUCGAAACGGCACGAAAUAAAUGAAAUGAAAAUGAACGAAUUUCAAACACUGUGCCGAUUGAUGAUUAUUGUAAGUGUUGCUGUUAUUUUUGCGUGUGAAAAAAAAUAGAAUAAAUGGCAAGAAGAAGGAAGGUAUCAAACACUUUUCGCAUUCAAGUGUAGCGACACAUUCAAAAUUACGCAAUGCUAAUGCGAAAACGUGGCGGCUACACAUCAUUGGGCUCGAAAGGCAAAAUCGUAAAUUGGAUUACAUUACAUUCAUAAAUUUUUGAACGCGCAAUGAACGAGUUUACACACGAAAAACACAACAGAACGACAGAAAAAUGCCAUCUUUCUUCUUUUCACUCUCGAGAGCAUGAGAAAUUGCGUAAAAAAGGGAAUUAACCUUCAAAUAAAAAUGUCAAGUGAUGAAAUGAAAGCAAUAAUGUACUUGAAUUCGACGAAAUGAGAAGGAAAAAUAAAAUCGCUGCGAGCAAGCGAGCGAGCGCGCCACUUUUCAGUGUGUCUUUUUUUAUUCCUUGGUGUUGUUUUUUUUUCUAAUUUUACUCGCCAAGUCAACUGAAGUUUAGCUCUUGCGCCACCAUGAACGAAACGAUUUGUUGUCGUUGCUCUACUCUCGUUUCACUGCUUAGUAUGCGAAAGUUUUACUUUUCCUAAUUCUUUUGUGAGUUUUUGUUUUUUUGUUCUUGUUUGAAAUAUCGUUUCCGAUCUUUCAUUUUACCUCGCAUUUUUUUGUUUUUUUUUCGUUUGUCUUUUUUUCUCUCUGUUCGUUUGACGAAACAUUCUUGCCACGUCAAAGCGUAUGCCAGAAUCUAUAUUUCAUGAAUGAACUGCUUGUUUGUGUAACCAGCUGUCGAACUGCACUGAUUGCUAUAUAUUCUUUACAUUUCAUUUUCGCUCCGCGUAUGUGUUUUGUGUCUGUAUUUUCAGAUGAGCAUCCUCUUCGGCAUUCAAUUAAUCACAUUUAAGGCAGCGAAAUUCGUUGUUCACAUGUUUCAAUUACAUUGGAGCAAAAUGUUACAGCCGAAUGAUAAAUUGUUGCGCGUGAAUUUUAAUCAAUUGAUCUUUAGUUGGGCUAACAAGUAAAUAGCAAAAUUGACAAAUUGGAUUUUGAAUGGAUUGGCGGCAGUGUGUUGAUCUGCUUUUGCUGCUGUUUGCCACUGCAUCAUUUUCUGCACCAACGUGGUGGUGUUGGUGGUGUUCGUCGUCAUCGUUAUCGGUGUUCCAGCGAUUAGCUGAUUCCUUGAAUCCGUUGCUGCUGCUGGUGCUCGUGCUGCUUCGAUUCAACGGGUUUGCCAACAAAGUGAACGGAUUACAGCGGCUACAUACGAGGUGGCCGCAUUGUGUACGAUUGUGAUUGGUGUGGAAACGGUUGAAUAUCGCCUCAAAUUACACAAUGAAACCGGGCUUUCUGCUCACAUUUCUUUUAGCCGGAUCAACAAUUGUGCAUGCAUCUUCACAAACAUCCAUCACCUUAGGAAAUAAGCUACGAAGUAAACGUUCACAGGGAGAACUUUCUGAAUCAUCAGAAACGAUUUGCGCACGGUUUUCAACUCCUAUGGAGAAUAAAACAUUCUUCAGCCCAAUCGAUACAACUAUGUUAAGCGAUACUUAUCCACCCAAAGUUGAUUGUAUAUUAAAAAUAACAGUAGACCCAGGCUUUGUUAUAAAGCUCGAUUUUCGCAAUAGAUUCUACAUCGAGCCGUCAGCAACAUGCGAAUACGAUUAUUUAGAGAUCCGGGACGGUCAAUAUGGAUUCUCAAAUCUGAAAGGAAAAUACUGCGGCAAUAAGUUUCCAGAUGAAAUAUUCUCAAGUGAUAGAUAUUUGUGGUUGCGUUUCCAUUCGGAUGAUAACAUUGAAUACGAUGGUUUCGAGGGUGUGUAUGAGGAGAUGCCGCGUUCCUCGAAAACAGAGGCAAUUGAGGAGUGUUUUUUCAAUACAGAUAAUCAAAUCGAAGGCAGAAUAGGGAAUCAGGAUAUAAACGAAACGUUUAUUAGGAAAGUCAACGAAUCGGCAAUUCCACUCGAUUGUUUAUGGAAGAUCGAAGUGAGACCAGAUUGGCAGAUCAUGCUAUCGGUUGAUAAGUUCGAUUUGGACAAGAAAAACGAUUGCGAUAGUAAUUUUGUUGAUAUUAUCGGAAGUGAUACAAAGUUAUCGGAACCGAAAAAACACUUUUGCGGGGUGGUUGCCGAAGCGUUCGAGUCCAAAUCGAAUAUUUUGUACGUUCGAUUUUUCGUCACAAAAAUGGGAAUCAAUUCCAAGUUCUCGUUUUUCUACACCGCAUUCACAAAAAAGAAACCGACCGAUGGAAAAAAUACAACGCUAGAGUGCGGAGAGAAUGAGUUCGAUUGCGAUGACGAAACAUGCAUCGAUUUAUCCUUAAAAUGCAACCAGCGUGCAAACUGUAAAUUUCGAAAGGACGAGAUGCAGUGCGGUGAGACCGAAGGUGAUACCAAAGAUUUGUGGGUCAUAAUAGCGGUAUUUAGUGCACUACUUGGUGCCAUGACAUCGGUAUUUCUGUUCAACUGUAUCCGAACGCUAAUUCGAGAUCAGAAAAUUAUUAGAGAAACCAUUCGACAAUCAAAAGAGAGCAAGCUGGAUGAAGCAGGUCGCAUGUCCAUAAAACGGUCUCUAGAGAAUGUAAAUCGAAUAAUUCCUGGUGCUACGGGCUAUGCAAUAGAGCCAAGACUAAAACAAAUACAAGACGAGGAUGCAGGCCAUAUAUUUCGGGAAGCCACAUCGGCAUCGUCAAUAUCAGAUAGUGUAAAUAGGAUUAAUAAAAACCAAUAUAAUUAUAGGGAUGAGCUAAAGAAAAUUUUACGAAAUCCACCACCUGAGGCAUUCAACAAUAACGAACACGCUGAACAAUAUGUAAAUGAAGGUGUAUGUGACAUGGCAUGUCAAACGAGAGAAUCACUAUUUGCGAGUGGAAUUAGCAGCAGCACUAAAUUGCCGCCAUCAAAUACACAAGCACCUGGUACAUAUAAAUUUUCCACUUUCGGCUAUAAUCCACUUGACGAUGACGUCGUCGUCGGUGCACAAGAAAUACCAAUGCAAUCAACUUACGAUCGACGAGAUGCAUCGAUUACGCCAAAAUCAACGUCUCCGGGUGUCGGUGUCGUCUACACCUAUGAACAUCCAAGCAAAUAUGAAACGCCAUCGCCAGCCCCAUCAUCGGCGACAACAACAACAACAUCAUCCAAUCCAUUGCGUACGUUCGGCAGUGGUCCCAAGAAAAAUGCUGUUAAAAUGGAACAAUCACAACUAAUGCUAGAAAUUCGAAAUUCAGCUCCCGAUGUCAUUAUCAUGACCUCGCAUUGAUUUUAAAGGGAACUUUAACAACCAGAAAAGAAGAAGAAGAAGAAUUUUAAAAAAAGAACUACGUUUUAUUAACUGUUCUCGUAACAAUGAACAUUUUAUUGUCACAACUUACUAUUUAAACGAAACGGAUAGAUAAAAAAUAAAUUGAACAAACAAAAUGAAGAUGGAGAAGAGAAAAACAAACAACCAGAGAAAUCAAAAAACAUUAAAUCAAACUAAAAAACACACAGAAUUUAUUCUCGUAUCAACAGCGAACAAGUACACAUACAUAAAAGUAACAUGAUGUAAAAUGAUAAAAUAUACGAUGAAUUUCUAUAUAAAUGA